AUGAGCGGGACGCGCAUCCUAUUGUUCGGGUCAUUUUUGCUGCUUUAUCUUUCUUCGCAUAGUGUGCAGGCGUUUGCGGACGUGGAGAGGCCCUUUGUGAAGCAACGACGUGCAGUUGGAGACGUUGUGGCCCAGUGUUGCGUGUGCCGUGGCAUGCGCAGGCGCGACCGCAUGGAAGUGACUCUCGUAAAGCUCGAUGACAGGAGCUCUGUUGUGCUGAGCGCACAGUUCUUCUUUUCAUAUCAUCACGUGGUAGACUGCGAUACGCAAGCAAUGGCUGAUCUGGUGAGUGAGCGCGAUGCCGCAGGCGUUGAUGCGCGCGAGGAGUAG